AUGAGGAAGCUGCGGAUCUCCUCGCGACUCAAGGCCCCCGUCACGUGGCUUGCGCUGGUCUUCAUCUUGCUAUGCGCGUACCACGAAAACCUCGUGUGUCUUGCGGAUAGAACGGCGCCGGCUACGACGUAUCGAGUCGACGGCAAGACCAACAUCAAGGACAUAUUCAAGUGCUCGGGCCUCCACUUCAUCGGCUCCUUCAACGAGUACUACGUGGCCUGCGAGCUGGCUGUGCCCGCCCAGGAGACAAUUCAGCUGCUUGAGAUCGUGGACGUGACGCUGGACGGCUCCAAGCUGUCGCCGCUGCCUGGCGUCCACGCAGAACUGGCGUUCCAGCUCAACGCGAGCAUCGCCACCGUGUCCAUGCGCAACAGCCAGCUGCAGGCAAGCGCCGUGGAGAUCCACGCAGCAAAUGUAACUAUGGAUGAGCACUCGGCUGUAAAUGUUACGGCGCGAGGGCUCAAAUUCGGGCCCGGCUACAACUCGUGGAACUCGAUGGGAGGCAGCUACGGAGGCAUAGGGGGCGCGUCGCUCACGGAAGUCCGCUCGAAAUGCGAUGACAUGCCUCCUAAUGACUUUUUCAGAGUUGUGGGAGAUGUGUCCGGGGAUAUGGCGAACUUUAGGGGUUAUGGAAGUGGAGGAGGCAACGACAAGAGCCGAGGAGGAGGACGGAUUAGAUUGGUGGCGGGACAGAAUGUAGAGAUCAAUGGAUCGCUGCUGACAAAUGGAGGAGAUGCGUGUACAGACUGCUAUGAUAGUGCUGGUGCUGGCGGGAGCAUUCUUAUUGUUGCAACGAAACGCAUUCAUGGCAAUGCAACGGUGCAAGCUAAUGGUGGGCAACCGAGUGUCCGCAAUGGAGAUGGUUUUAGUGACGGUGGUGGAGGGGGCGGUGGAGGAGGUGGACGAAUUGUGUUUGAUUCGAUGAAUGCGGAGGAGUUGGGACCAUCUCGGGUUGAGGCAUACGGUGGUGGUUUUAGCUCAGACAAUAACGCGGCGAUUGGAUGGUGUCAAUUGGGAGGUGACGGGACAAUAUUAAAGCUGCAGCAUACGACCAAGGAAGACGGUGGGCUUGACGGUAGCGAAGAACAGGACCGCGCUGGUGACGGCAAGACGCUCCUAAGCACGUUGUUAAUAAAAGGGGGUCGUCUAGCACACUCUGGUCCGGUGAAGCGAAUCCAGAUCUACGGGUGCACUCCCAUAUUCGAGCAAACGUCAAGAGGUGCUCGGUUUCUCCCAGAAUCCCUGGCACAUGUUUUCGUAAGUGGGGGAGCAACAGUUUGCGCAUCAGUAAUCCAGCUGAAGGAUAGCGUUGGAGGUAUCGAGAGUUCGAUUGUGAUCGACUCCGGCUCAGAACUCAAUAUUCUGGAUCGUGAUCGGGUUGUUCAGCUAUCGGCAGCGCAGAUCACUAUUCAGGGAUAUGUGGGCCCGUCUUCGCUACAAGAGCGCGACUUGUUUGGUUUAAAUCUUAUUGCCGCUGACGUAUCGUUUUCAAAUGCGUUGGCUAUGGUGCAUGAGCUUGGAGUGGCUGCUCGCGGUGCGCUGUCCAUUGAUAAGUUUUCUGAACUCAAGUUUCGGGCGCAAGUGAAAGUCGAAACGGGUGCUUCAACUAAGGUUGAAGGUUUUCUACAGCCUUUGGCUAAGCCCUUCCAACAAACGGGUGGUGACGGCCCCGAUGAUAUUCCAGUAAUCAGCUUUACUAGCAAGAAAGACAUCGAGCUUCGACCGCAAACUGUUGAAAUGGGCCAGGUCAAGUUCCGCAUCGAUGCCAAUGGUACAGGCAUCCUAGAUAUGCCGUUUGACACUCCCUUUUUGAGGCUGUCAAUAUCGGCAGCAAAUGUGUUUGUCGCCAACGUGAACAGUGGUCCUGUGUUUGAGUGCAAAGGUAUCAAGCAUCAAGCUGAUGCAGCUACCUGCAAAUCUCUACAUGGAAUAAGUGAUGAUGCCAAGCCGUAUUCUAUCAGUGUAUUCGCUUCCGAGGUUGCGACGAUUGGGAACAUUUCCGCAGGAUCCAUUAUUUUGUGCAGCGGGAACAAUAUGACCAUCGAGGGUGCAAUUUCCAGCUCGUGGCUGGGGUGCGGGUCUGGUGUGGGGCCAGGAAAGAGUGAAGUAUCGGGAGAAGCCAGCGGUGGAGCUGGUCAUGGUGGACGAGGUGGCAACGUUUUGCCUGGAAGCACUGGAGGUGGUGCCACCUACGACAUUUCGAAAGAGCUUGGACUCCAACAAUCAGCAAGUUGGAUCGUACCAUCGUCUGCCGACAUGGGGUGGCCAAUUUGGCCUGGAAGCGGUGCAGCGAGUGGGGAUACACCAAAUAAAAUCACUGGAGGCAAUGGGGGCGGAAUUAUCUACAUCGGAUCCAAGAAUCUCGUUGUAGCUAAGACUGCGUCAAUAUUAGCACAAGGAGGGGUUGGGUCCAUGGGUGGCGGUGGUGGAUCAGGUGGAGCAUUAACGCUUUUCAUCGCUAACAUUUCAGGCGGUGGCGCGAUUGAUUUAUCCGGAGGACCAGCAUCGACACCUGUAGUGUCCCCGAAUGUCGACGAAACAGCGAAUCAAACGUCGAUUUGGGAUCCGAACUUGCUUCCUGGAAAAGCCGGGAAAAUUGGAGGAGGAGGCGGAGGAGGAAUAAUCCGAAUCACGUAUCUGGAUGAUAAAGCUGGAGGAAACGGCGAACAAUUUAUCGAAGACGGAGGCCGCAUUUCUGUGGACGGUGGUGAAAGCACAGGGGGCGAGAAUGGGGGCACUGGUGUAAUGGUUGGGGCGAAUUGCAGUCCAGGUCGCGGAGGUGUAUUUUGCUUGCCGUGCCCGGAGGGCAGUCACAGUCCAGGUCGCUUUUCGAAGUGUUCACCUUGUGACCCCGGAACUUGUUCAAGCCAUGCUGGCGCUGCAACCUGCGAUGCCUGUCCUAUCGGUCACUUUAACCCGGAUUUUGGUAAGAAGGAGUGCCAGCCAUGUCCGCUAGGAUCAUUUAGCGCGAAGACGGGGCUGAAGAAGUGUGAGCUAUGUCCACCAGGCGCAUUUGCUGGCUUGCCUGGCAGCAGCGCAUGUUCUGCUUGCCCGGUUGGUACUAUUUCAACGUCAUCCGGUAGUAGCAAUUGCACCAUUUGUGGUAUCGGGGAGACCACAGUAAAAGCUGGUGCUACCGUGUGCGCUGCCUGCAAGACUAAGCCUGUUCACUCAGAGUUCAAUAUGCGCGGGAACUGUUCUUACGCCUGCUUCAAAGGCCGCAACGGUCUGGAUUGUUUGACACCCUUCGAGCGCUUGGUGAAGCCCAUUGGUGGGCCUAUAGGCUUUGUGAUUUUGGUAUUUAGCAUGAUGGGGCUUAUCUUCGGUGGCUGGGGGUUUCUUUCGUAUCGAAGCUCUAGGUCCGAGCUGCGUCGUUACGCUGAGUACAAAGCACAAAGGCUUCGCGACGAGCUCUCACUGGAAACGUUAACGCGGACACUAACGCCUCGGCUCACCGACCAAGAUUUAAUUGCUCAUGUUGCGCGAUUAUAUCUUGCCGGAGACAACCAUCUUAAGAGUGCGUGGCGACUGAACCCGUAUUUUCUGCCUGCGAGUUUGCGCGACAUCGUCGAGGAAGGCACGUACGCAAGUUUUGCUUCGACAUGCAACAAAUUGGUGGAUUGGGACCCGGCAGGCUGGGAAGCAUGGAUCUACCGCUUGCUGCUUGUCACGAUGCCUCCCGUGAGCACCCUUUUCAUGCGCCGUCGCCAAUUGCAUCGUGUGGUGGAGCUUUCCAAGUAUAUCGUUCACUACGGCGGGCGUUUCUUUCGUGAUAUGAACUUUCGGGUGCACGGUACACAGCUAAAAGUUGGCUUCAGCUCCGACUUUUCUCUUGGAUACUUUGACGUGCUGAUAUCGCAGUCCAAUUCUUCAUCGUCCUCGAACUUAGCUGCAAUGCAAGCAGUAAGUCACGAGGAUUUGGUGCUCGUUGUUGGCGGGAGUGGAUCAUUUUUCAGACCAUAUCAUCUCGAUACGAACGACAUCAUCCUGCGGGCUAUACCUUCGCGUUUGGAACUAUUGGAGCACAACUUUUGGAUUGAUUUUGUGGCUGACAUCAACCAAAAGCUGCGCGCGGCCGAGGUUUCUCGUGACAUUAUUGCGCUUGUAGAUACUUUCAACGAGAAGCACGUAAAGGACGGGUUUGCUGUGGCGUUUGGGACGUUUUCAGUUGGUGACGCAGUUGCAGCUGACGGGAAUGAGAGUUGCUUCGAGUCAUUCACAGUCGAAAGUGUGGAUACGACAUUCGCAUUGUACCCGCAAGAGGCAUUCAAGCUGGCUUUCCUAGUAUCCCGAUUGAACUCACCAGAAGCUUCACCAGCAACACUGCGUGAUGUGCGUGACAGUGCGCCAGACCCACCCGUGGAGUUGGCAUCUGAAAUGAAUGACAAGGUAAAGGCCGAAACUGAUCCUAGAUCCGCCGACUUCCGAUACUCGCAAAUUAGAAUGGAGGCGCUGUUUGCACAGCCUGAGCGUCAAUCGUUUGGAAACUACGGCGACGACUUAAGCGAUGACAGUGACAGUCUGACGCCACUCAAGAAGCCUUUGAGUGGCUCCAACGCACGCCGCGCGAGGGCACUGCUAGAGUUUGUGUGCACAAAUGAUACAGCGAAACGGUGGCUGAUGGUGCUUUGGCAGCCUGUGUACCCUCUUUUCCGCUUGCGAAAUCUGCCGCGACCUGAGCUUCCUGUUCGCUGGUUGCUUUCUGUGACUAUGGUGCUGCUGCUAAUCGCCGACAUGGGUGUUGCCUUUUGGAUCAUGGUGGAGUAUUAUUGUGUACAAAUUCGCGAUCCAACUGCUCAGGACUCGGGCUGCUCUCGGGUACGUACUUUGAAGCAAUCGAAGAUAUACCCUUUUGCUCUAUGGUCUGUGUUAGGUAUCCUACCUGCAGCGAUUGUUGGCUCACCACUACUUGGAUUGGUAUUUGUCACGAGGAAGAGUAUCUUUUGCGGCAAGUUGUUCGCCGUGUGGAAUACCAGUUCGAUCAUGAACCAAGUUGUAGCCUUUAUCUGUGGGCUGGCAUUCUUGGCGUACAUUCACGACGAAAUCCUCUUGGUGGCAGUCGGCGGUGUGCUCAUCAAAUAUCUCGAGAAGGAGGUGGCGCUACGUUGCAUCGCGCAAUACGCCAGCGAGCGGCCACUGCGCGGUUGGCGCGGCCUGCACACCACCCGUGAUUGGUAUGAUGCUGCGUAUACUCCCUUAGUUCAUUACGAAAGCUGA